AUGAGGAUGACAAAGCUAGAGACAUUCGAGCUCACGGAAGGUUCGUCUGCCAUCAUGUUAUUUGGUCUUGACCGGUGGUCCCAAUCAUGCUUGUUCUCAAUUGAGGUACUAGUUGUGAAGGUGAAAGAGCUUUUAGUUGUUCAAGUCGCGCAGUGUGUCAAGCAUUUGCAAGUCUGUCGUGGGCGGUCGUUGGCGUUGAACACUGGCCAUGUAAAGAAAUACUACGUUGCGGGAUCUAGGCUACAGUUCUUUGGGAUCAAAAUGGGACGCAGUAUUUUUGCAGUCAUUGCACUAUGCACAUCGCUGGUGCCUGUACCUCAUGUUAAAAUGGUCAUGGAGGAGUCGACGAUGCGCUAG